AUUCUCUUUUAUCUCGAUACCGAAACGUCAAUCGUGUAGUGUUGUCUUUUGUUUGACAUUGACACUUGACAAUGUCGUUAACCGAUUGAAAACAACAAAGUAUGAAUUUAUUCGGCAGACAGAAGCAUUAAAAAUUAUUUAAGAAACUAAUAUAAUUUGUGAACUUGCCUAGUAACUUUACGGAAAACAACAAAUCUCUAGUAAAUAAUUACGAAACAGAUAGUUCUCUGUGUAAAUUUUGUACCGGAAAGGCAGACAUGAUUAGAUUUGAUCAAUUGAUCUAAUUUUUGGACCACAAAAACAAUGUGAAUACGUGGUGCAUAUCUUAAUUUAUCAGAAAUUUGUUAGGUUACAUGUGUAUAAAAGGUUUUUUUGUAUGCCGGUCUUAUGUCGUAACAUUAUUAUUUUUAUAAGUAAAAAAGUUUUGAAUAUAAAUGUAACAGGUAGUUUGUUUACAGACAGAGACAAUCAAUUAAAUAGAUAUCGACAUUACAUGAUGAAGAUUUAAUUGAAUAAAAAUGAGCAAUUAAUGAGGGAUAUCAAUUAAUUUCCGACUACAUUGAUUACAUUUGUUGACAUGGGGCCAAAUGUAAACAUAUUGUAGUGACAGUGCAUGUAGGUUGCAAACGUAUUGACAACUAUUUCAACCCAUGAAUAGGGAUUUUCAUUGGACGACUAUCCGUGGACACGCCCCGCUGUUGCAGUCAUUGUUUCCGGUGUUUGGUGAAGUCGAGAAUAAAUUAUUAAUAGAAUGGAUCCGAAAAUUAUAAUCGUACUGAUGUCUAUGGCGUUAGUAAAGGCGCAAUUCUUCGAGGACCGUCGUUGUCGAUGCGUGUGCCCAAGCCCUGCUGCAGUCCUUAACACAUCGUCCACCCGACAGAUCUAUACUGGGAAUGUACCUCCUAAUCUAUGCAACUGCGAGGACGUUGUCUUUCCUUUAAUAAGGGAGGAGCUUGAGGGGAAGUUAUACAUGUUUUGUCCAAGGUGCGAUUGCGUGUACCAGACACGAAACACCAGCUUUAUAAUGGCAGUGGUCUUCAUGAUCAUAAUAUCGGUGAUGGUGUUGAUUCUUUACACCAUCGCUAUAUGGAUGCUCAAGAUUGUCUUGUGGCGACACAAACGAACAAUUUUUCGAACGCCCGAACCGACGCAAACUCCUCAACCUACAGAACGGACGUCUGAAGAGACGAGUUUAUUACUAUGGGACGAUCCUGACAACUAAGUAAUUAGUACAUCGAGAGAAGCUUCUGAAGGAGAUUUACUAGGGCUGUGAUCUGCGGAAAGGUGUGGUUAGGGCUACGUUUUAUGAAGCUGUCUUCAGGGCACAGAGAUAGAGUGGGCGGUGUCAAAGACAAGAGUCUUUCAAAUGCUUGGGCUACACUAACGGGAAAUGCCAUUAAUUAUCGCGAUAAUCGUAAAUAAGUUAAGGUAUAUUUUUCAUUGUUUAA